AUGACGCACCGCAUCGGUGGCGCAUCCGUGUCUACGCACCGGCGCAAAUCGAACGUCAAGCGCUCCGUGAGCAUUAUCUUAGGCAGGGCGGGGGGAUCAGUCAGCGACGUGGAACUUGGUGUGGUACAUGAUGAAUUCGAUCCUUUUGCGCCGGGUGGGCCAUCAGAUGAAGAGUUGGCAGAGGAGUAUGUGAGAGUUGCAAGGCCUCUUCGUCCAAUCGGUAGCGACGGAGGCGCACAAAGGCGCGCUAAUAGCGCCCCCAAUCGCAAUUUCGGACAUUGGUAUAUGCAUGGGCACUCGCAGUAUGAGGGCCGGAGUCACCACAGCGGCAGACCGCUGCAUGAGACGCUGCAUACCGAAUUCCGCACAAGCCUGCUGUCAGGCAACAUGCAACACCUGGACCUACAAGGUUUUAUGAACCUCGCCUUUGUGAUAUUGGUUGUCAUCAACUUUCGGGCGGUCAUCGGCAACUUCCGCAAAUACGGACUGCUUCUGGAUAUACCGGCGUUAUACAACUUUACGUUGAAUGAUUGGCCCCUGACGCGCUGCUGUAUCAAGGUGCAUAUCACGAUAGUGUUCGCGUGGGCCAUCGAGCGCUUCAUUGCCCCGCUUUCAGCGAAGCCUCUCACGGUUCCCGUUGUAUUCCUCCAAAUUGUCAACCUAGGCAUCGUAUUGUACUACCCCUACCUCACUGUGGUCGUCUUGAAGACGCAACCAGCAUGGUCCGCGCUGAUGCUCGCCACGUCGGUUGUAUGGGGUCUCAAGAUAUACUCCUUUCACCAUGUCUGCUUCGAUUACCGGCGUGCGGUCUGUAACGGUGAAAACAUAUCGGACAUCUGCAAGACGAGGAUGGAGGCUAAGGCUGCGGCCAACUACCCAGGCUGCAUCAAACUAACGGAGCUCUACCGGUUCCUCAUCAUGCCUACGGUUUGCUUCCAGUUCUACUACCCGCUGAUCCGGAAAAUACGAUGGACACGUGCACUCAAGCAUUUCGUGCAGUUUCUGUUUUUGCUGGCCGUGGCAAGGAUAAUCGGGGAUCAGUAUAUAGUAGUGACCGUCACAAAUACGUUCACCAUGCAGGAGUUCAAGUCGGCUAAUUUCUCAACUGUGGCCUACCACAUCAUUGACAGGAUGCUGCUGCUCUCUAUCCCAGUGUUGUACUGCUGGCUAACGAUGUUCGUUGUAAUUUUUCACCACUGGUGCAACUUCCUCGCCGAGAUCACACGUUUCGGCGACCGACGGUUCUACGAUGACUGGUGGAAUGCGGCAUGCUUCGGAGAAUACUGGCGAAAGUGGAACCUACCCAUUCACCAGUUCAUCGUGCGGCACAUCAGCAAGCCCCUGUACAAGAUGGGUGUCCCGUGGGAGAUGAGCAGCGUCAUCGUCUUCACCAUCUCGGCGGCGCUGCACGAGUAUCUGAUCUCGGUUCCACUCGGGCUCGGCUGGACAGGUUACGUCUUCUGUGCCAUGAUGGGACAGAUACCACUUCUGAUGAUCACGCGUGUUUCGCUGUUCCGCAAGAAUAGGACUCUAGGCAACGUGCUAUUUUGGUUCCUGUUCUGCUUCACAGGACAGCCGGCCGAUUGGCGGCGUCGCCAGGCUCAUCAGUGUGUAGGCGCGGCAGCGCCAAAAAUCUUGUGGCUUGAAUUGCCAAAAAUGGCGGCUUCACAGCUAGAAGGCAUCUGCCGGAACUUAAAAGUUGCGUUGGAAGAUACGGAUGCGCUGUAUAGAAGCGUACAAGCUGGGUCAGGUAUGACACCGUGCUCUUCAACGCUGCCGACAAAACGUACUGUGCGCUUCGGACAAUCGCGAAACCCAAGCGAUCGCUUCAAUCCCCCGCUUACGUUGCCCCAGACAUCACCCAGUCGACGCAGAGGCGCAACUUUUCAUCCGUCUAAGCCGACGAUAUACGCUGACUACGGUAAAGAGAUUACAAAGGUCGAGCAGGAUAUCCAGUAUGUGACAAAAGCGACCCAAAGUGAGUUCUUCCGGGCCCUCAAUGUCGACCUCGAUGGCUGGACGGAGUCACAGAGGCAGGUGUUCUACAACCUCGUGGCCAGUGCAGAGAAGCACAUGCACGCGGAGAGUGAGAGGCUGCAGCGCGAGUAUUCGUCGCAGCUUGAUGCCAAGCUCGAGCUUGCGCGCCGGGAUAUGGCUGAAGCCCAAAGUGCCGUUGCAGCAGAACUAUCGGAAUUGCGAGCUGAACGUGAACGCCGCGCCUUCGACGACGUGGAGGAUCGACGCCGCGCAAAACUCAUGAAAGAUGCCUUGCACAAUCUGCAGAAAUCUUACGAUAAUCUGAUGGACGAAUGUACCGCCAAGUCUAACGAAAUUGUGCGGCUUAACUCAGUCAUGACUGUUACGGACCGCUCAAUGCUGGGGCUUAAGCAGCGAGUGCUUGAGCUUGAGGGCGAUUUGAACGAUCGUCUACAACAAAUAGAGAGUCUGCAUCAUGAGGUUGCAAACGCGUAUAAGCAGAUGGAAGCUGUGAGUGGUAACAACGCGAAGAGCGAGCGUGAUCUUGCAUCUACAAGAAAUGAGCUGAAGCAGGCACGCGACCAGAUAACAACAUUGCAGUUGGAGGUGGAGUCGCUUAACCUGAGCAUGCAGCUUGCCGCCACCGAAAAGGCUGCAAUGGAGACCAAGGUGCGCUCGUUGGAGAAGGAGGUGUCCGAGCUGGGGUCAGAGCGGCAGAAACUCGAAUUAACGGUAUCCACGCUCGAAAACAACACCGUCCCGUCGCUGAAGGAACAGUGUAAGCUUUUGGAGGAGCAGCGGAACCUCGCACGCGUGGAGACCGCCACCUGCGACAAGCGUCAUGAGCUCGCUCAGGCAAAGCGUGAGCUCGAGAGCGUGCAAUACAAGUGUGAGCAGCUGUCCGAGGAAAACAGGGUCCUGCUUCGCGAAAAUGCGGCAUUGUCCAAGCAACUGCAGGAUAUGCAGAAAAGGAUGAAGGAGUGCGAAAACGACCUUUUUCAAAUGAAAUGUCAGGCUCAUCUCAUGAGGCAAAAGGGGUAUAGUGUACGAACCUCAGCCAACCGGAGUGAUCAUGCAUCUGGUAGUGAUGUUGGCGUGGAGUUGCCGGCUGAGGAAACUGCGGACGCAACGCCUAAUAGGGCACAACCCACCAGACGUGACAUUUUUGCCCCCACCAUGUUCGACGGCCCCGAUCCGGAAACCCAGGAGCAAAUCGACACCCUCGAAAAGGAGUUGACUGAGUUACAUUUGGAAAAGGACCGCAUGAUGUCAGAGAUGACUCGGUGCAAUAUUGGCCCGAAGUCUCCUGUCAAUGGACGCAGACGGCACCUGUUGCUGGAACGUGGAGUGGCGGAGACGAAUCAAAAGAUCCACGAAUUAUCGGAGUCUAUACGGAAGUUGUAUACGCCUGCGUAG